AUGUCUGCGGAUAAAUUUGUAAUAAAACAAUUAAAAAGUAUAAAUAGCAACGCAAAACUUUUUAAAAGGAAACAUAUAAGAAACAAACAAUUAAAACAAGUAGAAUCAACUGAUCAACUCGAAGAAACGAAAAGACAGGACAAUCUAUCUAACGGACAUGAUAAAGAACUUGAUGAUUCAAUAAAUGCUAUUGAAAAUUGGAAAGGUAAAGGAACCUCAGAUAAUAUUUUUGUUAAAUUUAACACAAAAGAAGAAAAAUUAAACCGAAAUUCAAAAUACAUGAGACCAACGAAAGAAAUUGACAGAAUAUUAUCGACAAGAAAAACUCGAUCGUCCAACAAUAAUUUAUUAUUUUUAUUAUAUUUAUUAUAUAUUAUAUUUAUAUUAAUUUAUUAGAAACAAAUACGCACGUAUCAAGAAAACGUUUAUCGUUACGAAAUAUUUGUCCUUUUAAUGCAGUUACCGUUUUAAUUACUGUUGCUUAUACGGAUAAUCCAAUGUACCAAAAGUUUGUUGAUGAAAGUAUAAACAACGAUUUCCUCCAAUUUUCCAAGAAUCUGGUAGCAACUGAGCCAACAGAUACCAUUUAUAAAAACCUAGUCUCAUUAUUGCAAAAAGUAUUUCUAGCUGAUUCUGGGGUUACAGAUACAAAAAUAAUCAACACUGAAUAUAAUCUUGGUUUUUCAUACGAGAAAAUCGUUCAAUAG